GGAACCUUUUUUGAAAAGCCAAAGAAACACAUCCGGUGCACGCGUGCGUAGAAGUAGGGUUUAUUUUCGUCCGUGAUCCAGUACCUGGAUUAACAGGCUUCAGGCCAGAGCAGCACAGAGAGCAAAGAGACGCUCGAAAUACAGAAAACACAAACAAUAGAGCUGGAGGCCGGACUUUGUGUGGACUUCGGAUGGAUCUGCGGGGGGUGGAGAAAGGUCGACAGUCAGGCCCGUUCCUUGGAGGCUCCUCGGCUCCUGCUGGCCUCCUCUAUGGCCGUCUGGUUGCCAAAUGCUGGAAAUGAGCCGCUGUGUUUCUUGUUUCUUCAUUGAAAUAAUUUAUUGUAGCUUUUAAAAAAGUGUGCUUGUAGCUUUUUCACGAUUUACACCACAGUUUUAUCAGGAAACAGUCUGUUUGUUGCUGCUGUAGUGUUCUGCACCACAAGGGUAAACAUACAUAUCCUCGUAAUGGAUCCUGACAGAGAAGAAGCUGAAGUAUUUUCGGACCCCGAGGACCCAUUUGCUCUAACAGCAGAGGAUAAGGAACAGGAGGAGGAUGAGGAGGAAGAGGAUGAUGAUGAGGAAGAUGCCAGGAUUUUCAACGCUUGGAUGCAGCGGUACCGGGGAGGGGAACAGCAGAGUAAAGUAGGAGAGGAAGAAGAUGAAGAUGACGAGUCAGAGGGAGGAAGACUUAAAAGCAGAAGCAGCCCGGAGCCUCCGGCAGCGGUAAAGUCGGGCCGCCGAGCAUCACUGCCAUGUCCGUCCACUCUGUCGGCCAUGCAGCUGUCUCGUCUCCACUCGUCCACUCAGGCUCCGGUGACGGCGAGGGUUUUGUUGCGUCGCUCUUCCUCCCGCCGCCUUCUUCCAUCACCUAUGGAGGCCGCUGUGCCCACCUCAGAGCGCAGGCAAUCUCUCAUAACCACAAUCCCCGAGGUUGUGCCACCUGAGAGGCGGGGACAGUUCAGAAGACGUAACGUCAUGUCGCUGAGCGAUGCUUAUAGUGUGUGUCUGAUCUGUCAUAACGACUUAAAUAACGGCGCUGGCGGCACCAGAGAGCUACAGUGCACACACACCUUCCACAAAGAGUGUAUCGAGGAGUGGUUGUGGAGGAAACAGUGCUGUCCAACAUGUCACGUUCAGGUGUCCAUGCCACAGCCAUCUUACUGGAGCUCCAGCAGGGUCAUAAUCCCCUAACAUCACCAAGAAAAAUGUCAGUUAAACUGGACUUUAUUGGAUAACCGCUUUAUUAGAGCCCAGUGAAUUUAUCAUUGUCUUUCAGAAUAUUAUCAGAAGAGGAGCCUGACUUUUGACGCAAAACGUUAUUUAAUCGAUUAAAAGACAAAAAGAUUAGCACUCAGUAUUUAUAUAAGGAAACAUCCUCUGUCUUUUAUUUGUCUCCAUUUUGAGCCACACUGGCUUCAGCAACCAGGUUAUCCUGAGAAUAAGGGAGUGUAUUCCCUGUUUUAACACCCAUAUCGUCUCAGUGUGAUACAAAUAAGUCAUAUAGUAAAGGACCAGCGCUGAAGCUGGAGAACAACCAAAAUAACCUCAUGUAUGUUUUUUUCUUUUUGUCUUCUUUUUAUGGCAACUUUAACAGUAAUCAGUAAUGACUUUAAAAUAAAAUGUAAUUGUGUCCGAGGAGAAAAAUAUGGUGCAGACAUAACAAAUUCCCAGUCUUAGAAAAAGUUUGGGUUUUUUUUAUUUCUAAAAUUAAUUAUAGUUUCUUCUGCUAGUCUGUUAUGCUCGGUUUUUUUUUUUCUUGUUAUAUAUUUUAUCAUUUCAUUUGUCUUUUGGUGUGAAUAUUCCUAUAUUUUAUUUGCGGAUAAUCACUCAGUUAUCUCUGUAAUCAAUUUUGAACGAGCUCUACCAAUAAAUGAACUGAAGGAAACAGCGCCUCCUUUGUGUGCAUUGUGGCCAGGGGCGGUACUGCAGGCGGAAGUGCUGCACCUGUUGAUGUGCUCUUCUCUUCGGUGUAACUUCACCGCCCCAAAACACCUGAAACUUCCAGCGCUUGGGAAGCUUCUGGAAAUUUUAGAAGCGUUUUAUCGCCUUUAUUGAAGAACAAAAGGAGUUCAUGGAUAAAUUGAAGAAGGUUUUGAGCGGGCAGGAUGAUGGGAACGCAGAUGGGAGCGGCAUACUGGAGAGAGCCAAUCAGGCAUCGACGCUGUCCUGGGGGACACGGGUGAAGGGUUUCCUGAUCUGCUUCGUUUUAGGAGUCGUGUGCUCCAUCCUGGGUACCUGCUUGUUGUGGGUCCCUGGCUUUGGUCUCGCUGUGUUCGCUGUCCUCUACAGUCUGGGAAACAUCUGCGCUCUGUCCAGCACCAUGUUCCUGAUGGGUCCGUGCCGGCAGCUGAAGACCAUGUGGGCUAAAGAGCGAGUGCUCGCCACCGUCAUCAUGCUGGUGUGUCUGGUGCUGACGCUCUGUGCUGCGUUCUGGUGGAAGAACAACGGCCUCGCUCUGCUCUUCUGUAUCCUGCAGUUUCUGGCCUUCACCUGGUACGGCCUCUCAUACAUCCCAUUCGCCAGAGAUGCCAUCAUAAAAUUAUUCUCACUAUGCAUCUAGGAAGCCCCGCCCUGUUCUCCCACCCCUCUGAGUCACUACCUGUCUGACCAAUCAGGACACAGGAUACUUAAUGGUGGUAGUGGUGCGUUUAUGUUAGGCUUUUGUUAACAGUUUAUAAUGCAGCUGGAGAGUUCAUAGUGCCUGAAUUCCUUUAAUUGGUUUCUAUUUAUUUUCAGCAGUAAAGAAACAGUUUAUUUCAGCAUCUAAUGCAGCUGUACGCAGAUCUAAGUGUUCACUCACUGAACUAUUCUCUUAAGUGAAUAAUUAUCAAACUGUUUUGGUAGAGCUGGACGUCUGGGUUUGAGAUCAAAAUGUGACAGUUUAACUUUGUUUAGUAAAUUAGUCAACAGAAAUCAAUGAUUUUAAUCAUCAGCAAAAUAUUUGAGUAAAUCUUUUUAAGCUGAAAUAUGAGAAAAAUCACCUAAACAUGAUUAAAACUUUAUUAAUCUUUGCUUUUGGGGGGAUAUUAUGUAGAUAAUCAUAUUACUAAUAAUUCAAACAAUCAAAACAGGCAGUAAACCCCUUAUAAAUCUUUUAUUCUAAUAUAGAGUAAAGGACGUAUACCAAAUGCAGAGGCCAGGGUUUGAGUCUGACCUGGCAAUAAAGACUUGAAGACAAAAAUAAAUGUUUAUUUAAAAAAUAAAAACUCAAGAAGAAACACUCAGUAUUUUCUUACAUGAGUUUAAAAUUCAGUGAAGCAGCUGCAUUAGCAUGUGAGAUAAACCAGGUCCCACGAGUUUCUCUUCUCAUUUUAAUAUUGAUUUGAAGUGUUACUGAUGUUCGCAUCUUCCUGUUUUGUUUUUUUGUUUUUUGUCCUAAAAUUUCAAUUUUCCUGAAGUUGUUAUCACAGCACUUUCCAACUCAGUAUCUGUGGCAAGAAGUCAUUACAUACAUUUGAACAAAUUAACAUUUCAGGUGCAGUAUGGGUUUGUUGAUUCAGCUCAUCUGAUUCCCAUCUUAAGUUUUCCAUUCACAAAAAGACCAUUGCCAGAUAUUUAGUUUGAAUUUCUACUGCCAAGUCUCCAGGGGGCGAUGCAGAUUAGAUUUUUUUUUUUGUUUUGAUUGUUUUUGGCUUCUGUUGCAAGACAGAAACAAACUCUGGUCUGUGGAAGCUCGUUUCCAUAACUGCAAAGAAAAAAACCCAUCACAGGCAGCUCUAAGUUAUUAUUUCAAAAUCUAGAAUUGCAUAUUUUAAAAUUUCAACUUCUUAAUGAGCUGAAAUUUUGACUUGCAAUUAAUUUUCAAUUCAUUAAUAAAGUCUUUUUCAGUGGUGAAAACAAGCUUCCAUAGUGGCCACGACUGCGUUCAGGAGCAUCAAAUGUUAGGUACUCGUUGCUGUUUCCAGCACAGCUGCACAUAAACGGAUCAGCGUUCUGUCGCCACACGGUGUGCGCUCACUUUUUCUUUUGAUCAUUUUACUUUUUAAAUGGAUGUUUUGCCUGAAAGUCAAAGUGUUUUCUUCUUUACUGUAAUUUGUAUAUUAAAUUUUUUGCAGGAUUACAUGAUUUUAAUACCAAAUCUUGGUCAUAGAGUUUCACGUGUUAGAACAAACUUUUUCUCAGGUGAAAAAAAACCAUAAUCUCUUUUGUUUCGUCUCACUUUGAACUUGGUUAUCUGCUUCUUUUUAAAUUGGUUUGCACAUUUUUCCUCAUCCAAGAGUCAAUGUUUUCAUAUUUAUCCUCUAGACUUUAUUUAAGGAUCUGCUUUCUUCGUCUGGGCCCGGAGUUCGCAGAUAUUUAACUGAAACAGUCUAUAAACAGCAGUCCAACAUUUCAUUUUAUUUCAGUAUGGACGAGUAAACAAUGCUUUCAUUGAAAAAGAGUUAAAAUGACUUAAAUCCACUCUCCAUUAAGUUUUUCCAGAUGUGUUUUAGUUUCAUUGAGAUUUGGAACAGCUGUUUUUGGGUUUAUCAACCCUUCAGAAUUUAGUUUUCCUCAUUUGCGUUGCCUUACAGACGGUCAUAUAGUACUUUUAACCACACUACAGAGCUGUGACUGAAAUUUAGAUGCUGGACGCUGCUUUUAAAACUGGUCAUGGAUUUCAUGGUCCUCUCCUGCUUUCCUUUAUUUUCUGUUCCAUGACAGCGUCAGACCCUCAUAAAAAAUAUGGCUGAGGUUUCAAAUAAUAACAUAGACCUAUGUAAAAGUAAAGACUUUGACAGCUAUGAAUACUUUGUUUUCUAACAAUACAGCUGUGGAUGUUUCCUCUUCACGUUUGGUUUGAACUGAAUCAUGCAGAUCUACUUAAGUAGAGUCCCCGAUUAAAUAUAGGAAUAGAGCAGAACAGGUCACCUUUAUUUAACUUGCAUUUUCACUUUUAAAGGUUGUGAGGUUAAAAUAUUCUUAGCCAAAAUGUUUUAGUGCAACUUUAACUCUUUUAAAACUGUAUUUGUUUUGUCUGUCUGCAGUGUUAAACUGUGAAAUUGUUACUGAUUUUAUUUCAAUAAAUGCUUCUGUAUUUAAGAAA